UGAAUCACUUUCUUUCUUUCUAUCUCCACUCCCUGUUUCUUUGUAUUGUCAAUCAGAAUUUCGCUCUCCAAGUAUGGCUGAGGGACUUGUUACUGAUCUCAUUAAGCAGUUGCUUUCAACUGUUGCUCGGGAUGCAGAACAAGAGGUAAGGUUGGUCGUUGGUGUAGACAAAGAAGCCAAAAAGCUUGAAGACAAUCUACGAACUGUGCGGGCGGUGCUCAACGAUGCUGAGAAAAGACAAGUUACGGAAGAAGCUGUGAAGCUUUGGUUGGAAAAGCUCAACAACGUAUGCUACGAGAUGGAAGACGUGGUGGACGAGUGGAACACUGAGUUGAUCAAAUCAGCAAUUCAGAAAGAAGAAGAAGAAAAAAACGCUGAUAAUGCUCCUGCUUUGAAGAUGAAGAAGCAGGUAUGCUCCUUUAUCCCCUCCCCUUCAUGCUGUUUCGGUCAAGUUGAUAAACUUGCUAGGCGUCAUGACAUUGCUCACAAGAUAAAAGAACUGAAUGGAAUAUUAGAUGAGAUUGUCAAAGAGAAAGAUAGGUACUGGUUUCAGUCAACUAAUGACCCUGCAACUAUAGUAGUUGAACGGCCACAAACUGCCUCAUUGGUUGAUGAGUCUGACAUUUGUGGUCGUGAUAGGGUCAAGGAUGAUCUUGUGGGCAUGCUAUUGGGCGAGGGUAGUGAAGAAGAAAGAAGCCCCCAUCUCAUCUCAUUAGUGGGCAUGGGAGGUAUUGGAAAAACGACCCUUGCUCAACUAGCCUACAAUGAUCCUAAGGUGCAAGCCCAUUUUAAGAUAAAAGUGUGGGUUUGUGUUUCCAAUCCUUUUGAUCAAUGCAAGGUGGCCAAAGAAAUACUUGAAUCUAUUAAUGUUCAAUCCUCUGACUUGACUGCAUUGGAUGGUCUAUUGAAAAGAAUUCAAGAUAAUAUUAAGGAAAGGAAGUUCUUUCUUGUCUUAGAUGAUGUGUGGACGGAAGACUCCACACCAUGGGAUCCAUUCAGAAUUGCACUCAAAUGUGUUGCCCAAGGCAGUAGAAUUAUAGUCACCACACGUAAAAGGAGGGUUGCGGAGAUUAUGGGAAGUGUGAGCAUGAUUGAUUUGAAGAAACUGUCUAAAGAAGAUUGUUGGUUGGUAUUUAGUAAAAGAGCAUUUUUUAAUAGGGAUCCUAGGCAAUGUGAGCAACUAGAAGGCCUCGGUAGGCAAAUAGUAGAAAAGUGCAGAGGCUUGCCACUUGCUGCAAAGACUCUAGGGAGUCUAAUGCAGUUCAAGAGUAGUAUAGAAGAAUGGAGGAGAGUUUUGGAUAGCAAUUUGUGGGAAUUAGACAUUGAGGAAAUAAAAAGUAAUGUUUAUGCACCAUUGUUGCUAAGUUAUUAUAGUUUAUCGUCACCAUUGAGACGAUGCUUCUCAUUUUGUGCUGUUUUUCCUAAAAAUUAUGUCUUUUCUAGUGAUGCAUUGGUAUAUAUGUGGAUGGCACAAGGAUAUAUUGAGUUGGAGAAUAAUAUGGAUAUAGAAAUCACUGCUAGAGACUACUUUGAAAAUUUAGCAAUACAUUCAUUCUUCCAAGAUUUUGAGAGAGAUGAGAAUGAUGGCAAGAUAGAAAAAUGCAAAAUGCAUGACAUAGUGCAUGACUUUGCACAAUUAAUGUCAAAAAAUGUAUGCUUCACAAUCAAUUCUAACACAAGGUUGGAAACUGAUUAUAAAACUGCCCGCCAUUUGGAGUUAGAAAUUCCCAAAGAAGCCCAAUACCCUGAGUUCAUUUAUAGUGCAAAAAAUUUGCGUACCCUCAUUAUUGUAAAUAGAAGUGAUUAUAUGUUGUCUACUUUAUUUCAGCAUUUUAGAUGUUUACGAACAUUAACUUUGGAGGAUGUUGAAGAUAGUGGUAUAUUAAGGAAUCUUCCAGAUGCCAUGGAAAAUUUCAUACAUUUGAGGUAUCUCAAUUUAGUCAAUUAUUGUGGAGAUGCAUUGCCUGAAACCAUUUGUAAUCUUUGCAAUUUACAAAUUUUGAAUAUUGAAAUUGAGAGCGACAAGUUCCAAAAAUUGCCACAGGGAAUGAGUAAACUAAUUAACCUUAGACAUUUUGGUUUGGGUUUCAAACAUGAUUUUUUAAAUAUAAAGUUUCCAAGAGGGUUUGGGAGAUUGACUUCUCUUAGAACAUUAAAAUAUUUCAUCGUAAAUGGUAAGGAUGAUAGCAAAAGAUGUAAAUUGGGAGAAUUAAUAAAUUUGAACCACCUUCAAGGGACUCUUGUAAUAUCUGGGUUGGGAAGCGAGGUAGAUGAAUGUGAGGCCAUGAAUGCACAAUUGAAGAAGAAGAUAAACCUUCAUACUUUGGCGCUAAUAUUUAAGGAAUGGGAUGGUGAGCAAAUAAUAAGGGAGAAAGAUGCAUUAGUUCUGAAUGCCUUGGAGCCACCUCCUAACUUGGAAUAUUUACGUAUUGCAAGUUACAAGGCACCGAUAAUGUUUCCUAAUUGGAUGAUGUCCUUAACCAAUUUAAAAAAUCUUGUAAUUGGCCAUUCAUCUUUAGAGUGUUUGCCUCCUUUGGGGAAACUUCCAUUCCUCAAAUCAUUAGAGAUGUGGGAUAUUAAAAGAUUUAAAAAGUUAGGGGUUGAAUUUAUGGGAAUAGAAGAAUCCGAAAAGAAGGAGAAAGGCGAUAUAAUAAUACCACUAUUCCCAAAUUUGAUAUCUCUCUCAUUUAUGAGUUUCUGUAACUGGGAAGAAUGGAAUGGGAUUGAAGAAGAAGAAGACUGUAUCAGAAGAUUCACUAUAAUGCCACGUCUUCAACAUUUGCAUAUCUGGAAUUGCCGAAAGUUAAAGUCAAUGCCGAACUUCCUUCGUACAACUCCAUUACAGAAAUUGCUAAUCGAGUUUUGUCCAAUUCUGAAGGAACACUGCAAAAGAGGGACAGGAAAGGAGUGGCCCAAGAUUUCCCACAUUCCUAACAUAGAGAUUGAUGAGAUCUAUGUGCAAAGAGAUGGUGGAGAAUGUGAGUUUGACCCAAAGGAAUAUGAAGAAGAGUUUUUUGAAGAUGAUGAUAAAAAAGAAGAGUCUAAUGAAGAUGAGGUUGACAAAGAAGAGGAUGACAAAGCACUCCAUGACAAAAAAGAGGAUGAUGAAGCAGAGCACCUAUGAUCUCUUUGUUUCUGGGUUCAUGAAUUUUAGCUACAGGUUCGGAUUUUUGGAUGAUGAUUGUGAAAGAUGACUUGCGAUGCUUGAUUCAGCAUUGCAAGAUUGAUAACGAGAUUGUGCAAAUAGACAAUCGAGGAAGAAUGGAAUGGGAUUGGAGGAGAAAAAAAGGAAGAAGAAGAAGACUGUAUCAGAAGAUUCACUAUAAUGCCACAUCUUCAAAACUUGGAAAUCUUUGUUUGCACAAAGUUAAAGUCAGUGCCGAACUUCCUUUGUACAACUCCAUUACAGAAAUUGGAGAUCUUGACAUGUCCAAUUCUGGAGGAAUGCUUCAAAAUAGGGACAAGAGAGGACUGGCCCAUGAUUUCCCACAUCCCUAGCAUCAUCAUUGAUUACAAGUACAUGCAAGGCAAUCAAGAAUGUCUGCCAGAGCCGAGAUUUUCAGAGCUAUGAUGAGGAAGAAGAGGACCUAUGAUUUUGUAUAUCUAGGUUCAUUAUUUUAACUUCAAGUAGAUAUUUUUGGAUGACAAUGGUGAAAGAUGAUUUAUGUCUGUGGGCAAAAUUCAUUCUUGGC